ACUCGGGAGCUGACAGCGUACUGCGAAGUUCCCGGGCCCGGGCCCGGCGUGUGACCGGCCGAGAGCGGGUCCAUGGGCCGAGUUCUGCCGCGCUGAGCGGGGCGGCGAUGGCCCUGGCGCUCCGCCUGCUGCUGGCGGCUGUAGCCCUGUCGGGGGGUCACUCCCGCCUGCACUCCAGGCGCGUUUUGGACACGGUGGUGUCGGAGCCUGGCCCGGGGCUGCCCUGGUACAGACGUGUUGUGUACGUGGACGAUCAGGUCAACUACGUCUACACCAGCGAGACGCAGCGGGCGAAGCCCGGCCUAGUGUGGAUGGCGCAGAAAGAGGGUCUGGAGUUCUGGGACGAGAUGACCUGGUGGGCACAGCGCUACCAGAAAUGGUACAACGCAAGUCUGAACACCCUGAGUCAGCUCUACAACCAGACCGAGGGGUUUCACAUUAUCCAGACGAUAUUCGGCUGUGAUCUCCGGGAAGACAGCACCAUUCAGGCGUUUUACCAGGAUUCAUAUGACGGACGAGACUUUCUUACCUUCGAUAAGGAGACCAUGACUUGGGUAGCAGCAGAUAUUGGGGCUCAGAUCACCAAGAGGAGAUGGCAUGCUGAAGUAGAUGAUAUCCAGGGAUGGAAACACUUCCAGGAGGAGACAUGUAUUUCCUGGCUAAGGAGUGCUCUAGAGUUCGGGAAGGAGACUCUACAGAGGAAAGUGCGCCCAACAGCUAGAGUGAGUGACAGGUCAUCUCAUGACGGCCUCACCACCCUCUCCUGUAAGGUCAGUGGGUUCUAUCCCCGGGACAUCACCGUGACCUGGCUGAAAAAUGGGGAGAGCAAACAGCAAGAUACCUACUCUGAAGGCAUCCUACCCAGUGGGGAUGGGACCUACCAGACCUGGGUGACAAUGGAGAUUGAUCCCAAGAUCAAAGCCCAUUAUUCAUGUCACGUGGAGCAUGAAAGCCUGUUAGAGCCACUCUCUGUCUCCUGGGAACCAAAUAACAAUCUGAUUCCCACUGUGGCUGGAGUUAUCACUGCAGUUGUCCUGAUUGGUGUUAUAAUUGGAGUAGUCGUCCGAAAAAAGAAACGCCCAGGGAGGAAGGGAGACGGCUACACUGUAGCUCAGGGAUCAAAGAUACUGUUGUAUUGGGACCAGUUGGCCUUUACCUUUAACUUUCCCAGCUCUUCUCAAUCCCUUGCAGUCUGUCUUUCAACUACUCGUUCUGCUCAGGUUGCUUUCAACAAAAGCAAAUGACCAAGGAUCUAGUGGCUCUGACAUAUCUGCCAGGGCUUAACAGAGCCUGUUGGAGUCUGUGCCACAACCUAAGGGGACCCCAGAGAGGAAGAUGGAUGAGCUGUGCUCUGUCUCCCUACAAGAACCAAUGAACACCUUCCCAGCUUUUCUCUAGUACUUGGAGUGUCCUGUGUGGGAUUUCUGGCCUCAUCUAUCUGCUCACUGAACCACUUUUUGCUUUUCAGAUGUAAUAAUUUCUAUAAAAAUGUUUUAUUUGCACAAA